AUGGCACAUACACCCUCAAGAUGCUCGCAUCGCCUCAUUGUCAAAAAGGACCUCCCGUCUUGGGCAUCUGUCACGAUUGUCUCGCGUCGAGCACAAGUUUCAACAUUAUCAGAGAUUGGACCUGCCAUUGAGAGUCUCGUCGACACAAAUUCAGACGAAUUCAAGGAAAAUGCCACUCGUAUGGGCAAACUUACCGCCAAGCUGCGUCAAGAUGUCGCCAAAAUUAAGCUUGACGCUGUUCUUCAUAUUCAAGGUGGUGGAGAAGAAGCUCGAAAACGGCAUCUGUCGCGAAAAAAGUUGCUUCCAAGAGAUCGUGUGGACGCGCUACUAGAUCCAGGCUCUCCAUUCCUCGAGCUGUCACAGUUUGCUGGCCAUGAAAUGUAUGACGAAGAAGUGCCAGCCGCAGGCAUCAUCACAGGGAUAGGAAGAGUCAGCGGUGUUGAAUGUAUGGUGGUCGCUAACGACAAUACAGUGAAGGGUGGUACUUACUACCCAAUCACUGUCCGAAAGCAUCUCAGAGCACAGGAGAUUGCCAAGGAAAACAGACUUCCCUGCGUCUAUUUGGUGGAUUCUGGUGGAGCGUUUCUGCCACGACAAGCUGACGUGUUUCCCGACAAGGAGCACUUCGGGCGCAUAUUUUAUAAUCAGGCUAAUAUGUCUGCUGCAAAGAUUCCACAAGUAGCUAUUGUGUUGGGACAAUGUGUCGCAGGCGGUGCAUAUCAGCCGGCAAUGGCAGACGAAAGCGUCAUUGUCAAGAACCAAGGAACCAUCUUCUUGGCAGGGCCGCCGCUUGUGAAAGCUGCUACGGGUGAGAUAAUAUCUGCUGAAGAGCUGGGAGGUGCUGAUACGCACUGCAAGACUUCAGGAGUGACAGAUUAUAUGGCUCAAAACGAUGAGCAUGCUUUAGCAAUGGGACGACAGAUUGUCGCGAACUUGAACUAUGUCAAAGCCGCUCAGACGACAAUACUGCCGCCUGAGGAGCCACUAUAUCCCUCGUCGGAAAUCGGUGGUAUAGUUGGAGACAACCUUCGCAAACCAUAUGACAUCAAGGAAGUAAUCGCUCGCAUCGUUGAUGGCUCAAGAUUCUCAGAGUUCAAGGAACAUUAUGGCACAUCUCUCGUAACAGGAUUUGCCAGACUCUAUGGAUACCCAGUUGGAAUUGUAGCUAAUAAUGGAAUUUUGUUUUCGGAAUCGUCACUCAAGGGUGCACAUUUUAUUGAAUUGUGUUCUGCGAGGGGUAUACCGCUGAUCUUCUUACAGAAUAUCACUGGAUUCAUGGUGGGAAAGAGUGCUGAAGCUGGCGGGAUAGCUAAGAAUGGUGCCAAAUUGGUGACUGCUGUUUCUUGUGCUAAAGUUCCCAAGUUUACGGUCAUUGUGGGCGGAUCGUUUGGAGCUGGUAAUUAUGGAAUGUGUGGUCGUGCAUAUAGUCCUAGGUUCUUGUUUACUUGGCCAAAUUCUCGAAUAAGUGUUAUGGGUGGAGAACAAGCCGCCAACGUAAUGGGACAAGUCACUCGAGACGCAAAAGAAAAGAAGGGGCAGAUAUGGAGUGCUGACGAGGAGGAGACUUUCAAAAAGCCCAUCCGUGACCAGUAUGAAAAAGAAGGACAUCCAUAUUUUGCCAGUGCUCGCCUAUGGGAUGAUGGCAUAAUCGAUCCUGCUGAUACUAGGCGCGUCUUGGGUCUAUCCUUGAGUGCCUCUCUAAAUGCACCCAUGGAAGAAACCAAAUUUGGGAUUUGUCUUGGAUCUUCAUCCCAUUCAUCACAAACGCACUCGCUAAAAUCUGACUCGACAAUGGGGAAAAUGGUGGUCACAAUUAUGCUGUUCUGUAUCCUGUCAUUGAAUGUUCCUCUUCGAUCCUUUGCUGCACCUCUGAAAUCUACCAUCAUGGCUGAUGAUGACUCAGAAGCGGUCGAGACUGCAAUGAUUCACUAUAGCAAUAUCACAAAAUCACACAGUCUUGACUCUACUACUGCUACAACUGUACAUGCUAUUAAAACCAUGACUCCCAACGAUGCUACCACUACUGGCGCUACUGCUGCAGAUGCUGAUAGUGCGCCUUCAACUGCUGACAGCGACAAUGGUGUAGCGUCAGCCUUAGCCCUCCAAGAUCAUCCUCACGAAACAAUCAACGAGUCAUCAACUGAAGUCGACCACACAUCUACUACCACUAUACAAUCAACACCCACAAUCGUCAGUACACCCCGUAUGCAACCACGACAAGGAUUUGUGUAUGCUGAAGCUGCUGGAAUGCCAUAUGACCAACCAGAGCCUCAAUACGUUGGUAGUUAUUAUGGCCGUCCUGCUGCUGAGCCAAGACGUCGCUUUGGGCCACCGCCUGUAUGGCAUUAUGAGUUCUAA